AGGCCAGAAUGGAAAGGAGACGGGUCACCUCAGCUGCCCGCCGCUCCUAUGUCUCUUCCUCGGAGAUGAUGGUGGGAGGCCUGACUCCCAGCCACCGCCUGAGUCCUGGCACCCGCUUCUCCUUGAUUCGAAUGCCACCCCCAUCCCUGGCCCGGGUAGACUUCUCCUUAGCCGGGUCACUCAAUGCAGGCUUCAAGGAGACGCGGGCCAGUGAGCGGGCAGAGAUGAUGGAGCUCAAUGACCGCUUUGCCAGCUACAUUGAGAAGGUGCGCUUCCUGGAACAGCAGAACAAGGCACUGGCUGCGGAGCUGAACCAGCUGCGGGCCAAGGAGCCUACCAAGCUGGCUGAUGUCUACCAGGCUGAGCUGCGCGAGCUGCGGCUGCAACUUGAUCACCUCACCGCCAACAGCGCCCGGCUCGAAGUCGAGAGGGACAAUCUGGCACAGGACCUGGGCACCCUGAGGCAGAAGCUCCAGGAUGAAACCAACCUGAGGCUGGAGGCUGAGAACAACCUGGCUGCCUAUCGACAGGAGGCAGAUGAAGCUACCCUGGCCCGUCUGGAUCUGGAGAGAAAAACUGAGUCUCUGGAGGAGGAAAUCCAAUUCUUGAGGAAGAUCCAUGAGGAGGAGGUGCGGGAGCUCCAGGAGCAGCUGGCCCGGCAGCAGAUCCAUGUGGAGCUGGAUGUGGCCAAGCCAGACCUCACAGCAGCCCUCAGAGAGAUCCGCACCCAGUAUGAGGCAGUGGCAUCCAGCAACAUGCACGAGGCAGAGGAGUGGUACCGGUCCAAGUUUGCGGACCUGACCGACGCCGCGGCCCGCAACGCAGAACUGCUCCGCCAGGCCAAGCAUGAGGCCAACGACUACCGGCGCCAGCUGCAGGCUUUGACUUGCGACCUGGAGUCCUUGCGCGGCACGAACCAGUCCCUGGAGAGGCAGAUGCGGGAGCAGGACGAACGCCACGCGCGGGAAGCAGCGAGUUACCAGGAGACCCUGGCCCGGCUGGAGGAGGAGGGGCAGACCCUCAAGGACGAUAUGGCCCGCCACCUACAGGAGUACCAGGACCUGCUCAACAUCAAGCUGGCCCUGGACAUCGAGAUCGCCACCUAUAGGAAGCUGCUGGAGGGCGAGGAGAACCGCAUCACCAUUCCUGUGCAGACCUUCUCCAACCUGCAGAUCCGAGGGGGCAAAAGCACCAAAGAAGGGGAAGGUCACAAGGUCACAAGACAUCUCAAAAGCCUCACAGUACAAGUUGUACCAAUUCAGGCUCACCUGAUUGUAAAUGGAGCCCCGCCGGCUCUCGAAACUAGCCUGGACACCAAGUCCGUGUCAGAAGGCCACCUCAAGAGAAACAUCGUGGUGAAGACUGUGGAGAUGCGGGAUGGAGAGGUCAUUAAGGAGUCCAAGCAGGAGCACAAGGACAUGAUGUGAGGCCGGAAGCGUCUGGUGGCCCCUGUUCCACACUGGGAGGGGCCUGUAGUAGGAGGGGCCUAUAGUUGUCCCUCCUCUGAUAGCUAAUUUCCCCAGACCUGAGUUUCCACCCCAACAUAGCUUGCUCCCCUCCCCCAUCCAUCUCUGCCAGCUUCUGACAUAGGCUCCAUUAGCAUUAAGCCUGCCAGACAGCACCCACCCCACUGCCAGCAACUUCACCUAACAGGGCACUCACCCCACAGGAGCAGCCUGGAGGGGCAUGACCAGAAGCUUGGGUUAGAAUUGGCAGGGAAGAGAGAAGUUGGGGAGGGCCUGGAGACCUAAUAAAUCACCCUCCAUAUCCUAAUCCCUGUUGUCAUGGCAACUGUUGCCAGAGCUGGAGGUCUCUGGGCUAUCUGGGAAGUGGGCCUUUGAGUUUCCUGGGGCUGCUGGAGGAAAACUGGGAUCUGGGACUCUGAGACAGGAAGGGGAAGUCCCCGCAGGCAAGGUAGCACUGGCCAGAGGGUCAUUCUUAAUGUAGACGGACCCUGGCCAGUCUGAGAGUAGGCGAGCGUAUCCUGCUACCUGGAAUCAUCAGCAGACAGAAUUCCUGGCCUGCCCCGAUUCCAGAGAGGACUCCUGAGUGAUGAUUCCAGGGUCUCAGCCUCAGUGAGCUGCCAUGUGGGCAGGUGGGAGUUGAUUCUCAGCACUAGGGGAUCUUACUAAGUGGUGCUGGGAAGGCUGCCUGGCCCCUAGCUGUCAGUACAGAGGUCAAGCCAAGGAGGACUUCCCCCAUAUAGGCUGGGGCAGGGGGGCACGUAGAGAUGGUGGAGGAGGGAGUGGGAUGAUGCCAGACAUCAGAGUUGGGGUUGUGAAUGACCAGUUACACUUGCCCUCUGGAUCAUGAGAAUCAAGGAAGUGACAUCCUCUUGAAGGUACUGAAAUAGGAGAGAAAGGGGCUGCUGUUCACAGGGGCAGGACACACACUGCCCCAGUUCCGAAGGCCCCUUCCUUGCUGCAUAAUCCCUGUCCCCCAAAGCCUCUGAGCCCCUGCAGCUGCUGCCUCCCAGCCCCAGCAAACACUGCUGGGUGAAGCCAACGCUCUACAUCUGCCUCCCUCACCCAACAGUAACCUGAUGCUUUUCCUAAACCAAGGGCCCUGUGGUCCCCUCUUACUCAAAUACAAAACGUACCCCAGUGUUUUAGGUAGCACUCUACUUUAUAAUUCUGGAAAUUGAGGCAUGAGCAGAGUGAAGACCCUCGUUUGCGUUCCUACAGCCUGGAAGGGGGGCAGAUACUUUCACCCAGAGCAUCUGCUCUGCUUUCCACAGGAGGACUGUGGGGGGCAUGGGAUUAUCUGUGCCCAGAAAUGAGACUAGAAGAACCCACUCCAGGAUCCCCCUCUUCCCUCUAAGGCCAAAGGGAGGGAUAAGUGGGAAUCCUUCCCUCUUCCCACGGCUUGGUGCCCUUUCUCUGACUCCCUCCUGCCACCCACUGAUGCCUUUAGUUACUGAGGUAAAUAAAGUCGAC